AAGGCCAGUGUUAUACCGUUUGAUUUGCCAUAUUUGCCAUUAUUCACGGGAUGAUCUACGUGUCUUUUUUGAAAGUACAACCUAUAAAGGUUGUUCCGCACUUGGAAUUUCACAAUAAAUCUACAAACUGAAGCUAACAUUCGUCUAUAUAAUAUAAUCGAAAGCUUUUAUCGAACUACCUGGCUUUGGCCUUCAUCUGUGGCAUAUGACUAAAUAUGAUCGAUUAAAUGAAUCCUUUCAAUUGGACGAGAACGAAACAAACAGUUUAAUGAUCUGAAUAUAAUUAUCAAUUGACAUGAUUCCUUUUCGUCGAUAAGAUAUUACUGGAUGUAUGUCCUGGCUGAUAAUUCUUCCAUGGAGACCUUACAUUCGUGGGAGCUCAUUUUUUGGAUGAUGUCUGUAUAAAUAAUGUCUUUGAGUGGUGACUUAAAGGCGUGUUGUGGAUGACCGAGGACAAGAUCAGCUCUCCAUCAAUGGACAUGUUUCGUCAAGGCCACCUCCAAAAGAUAGGACCCAGGAAAUACAUCACAAUGGAGGUCCAUAUUACGAUAUCACAUACGACCGAAAAAAUGAUAUCUGCCUAUUGCGACAGGCACAAUAGCCCUUGCCGCCUCGGUGUUGCUGUAUGGACUACAUACGAACACGGGAUCGGAGAAGAAGCUAUGACUCAUGGGUAGUGCUGCUUUCAAAUGACUUGGACGCAAGGGCCCAACGCGCCGCGUAGCGGCAAAAAAGCGAAGCUGGCAAAACAUUUAUAACGGGUCACCGUCACUUAUUAUUGGACUUAUAGCGCAUUUCCGGGUUUGCAACUAUUUUACUUUAUAGUGUCACCAGGAAAGAAAAGCAUGCGACCUAACGCCGAUCUAUUUGUAUAAAGUGAUAAUUGGAAGGUAUAUAGUAGGAAAUAUCAAUAAAAUAAUCAUUCCAUGUCGUCUUUUGAGGGCAUUUUUGAUUGUAAAAAAUAUAUGUGUACGUCA